AUGUCGAGCACCAACGCCGAACGAAAAAAGAGUGGCUCCGCCUACUCGGCGAAAAAGAAGGCCAGUUCCUCUGAUAGGAAGGAAACCUUCGCGCUGGCCGGUGCUUCGGGCCUCUCCACUUCUGCCUCGAGCCUCGCCUACUCCCCCACGGCCUCGCCAUCGCCCCCCUCCUAUGGGAGCGGUUAUGGAUCGAGCGGCGGGACGGGGGGCGAGUACCGCUACAGCGAUGAUUCUGACGAAAACAACCUGGGCAAUCAAACCUCCCUCUUCACCAAGAUGGUCUAUCGAGACAUAGAAACUCUCAAGACGGCCUUCCGCCAGCUGGAGGACACUUAUAUGCUGGACAUGCGAGCGUCGGUGAACGAGUGGCAAGCGAACAAGAACCAAGAAGCGAGAGUGGCCGAGCUGGAAAGGGAAGUUGCCACGCUCAGGGAGCGCGUGGUCGAUGGCGACAACUACAGCUACGCAUUGCAGAAGCUGAACGCACGGAUACGGGACGCGGUGGAAGAAGGCCAAGCACGAUUCGAGGACAAUCUGCGACACCUCCAAACCACGGAGAACCAGUUGCUGGAGGCCAACAAGGACGGGAGGGACGUGCUGGAGGAGAAGUACCGAUUGUCCAACGAGAAGGUGCUGCUGCUCUCUGAGAAGGCCGAUAGCACGGAGCGCGUGCUUCGCGAGAUCAUGCAACAGGUGGCCAAGGCCUCCUCCACGCCCUCCACCACCGGCAACUCCCUCCUCCAAUUCACCUUGUCCAGCAAGACCACUUCCUCCACCCUCAACUCGUCGAGCGCAAUGUCCAAGAGCGGACUGCACGACCCCUUACCCUUUCGGUCCCCUUUGCUCAGCGACGAAGACGCGGCCGAGAGGCAGGCCGACCGAGACCUGGAGAAGGUGGUCAAGGGGAUCAAGCACAACACCAUCCGCUCGGUGAGCUUUCGAGGGACCCACGCCAAGUCCAAACAGUUCAAGGCCGUGGCCGACGCGAUGCGAGUGAACACCACCAUCGUCGCAAUGGACCUGAGCCACGUCAAAAUACCCAACCCUUCGGUCAGCGCGCUAUGUGAAUCCUUCGCCGUGCACAAGACGCUCUCGACGCUCAAGUGCAAGAAUAGCUCGCUCACGUUCGAGUGUUGCGUCUCCAUAGCCACCUAUCUGGCGUCUUCAUCCACGCUACGCACGCUCAGCCUCGCUGCCAACGCCAUCGACGAGAGCGCGGCCGAUGCGCUCGGCGAAGCCCUGCGCGAGAACAAGUCUCUCACGUCACUCAACCUGUCCUUCGCCGAGCUGGGGCCGAAGGGCGUGGCGCCGUUGGCGGCUGGGCUUGCCCAGCACCCCGCGCUGACUCAGCUCAACCUAUCCCGCAACGCAAUCACCAGCCACGGUAUUAAGGAGAUUGGUAUAGCCUACAAUCUUCGCAUGAGUUGA